AUGUUCUUACAUGUGCUUGUAGUUAUGGUGGGUCUUUCUCUUGGAGAGCAAAAUUUUAUAAAGGGUGGAAUUGCGCAGGAUUUGCGUACUGAUGGUCGUAAGCGAUUAACUUACCGACCCAUCUCUGUGGAAACUGGUGUCAUUCCUCAGGCAAGUGGCUCAGCAAGAGUGAAGCUCGGGGCAACGGACGUUAUAGCAAGUGUGAAGGCUGAGCUUGGAAAGCCAAGUGCAUCUCAUCCUGAUAAGGGGAAGGUUUCUAUAUAUGUAGCUUGCAGCCCGACGUCUGAGCCAACUUUUGAGUUUUUAGUUCCCUUGAUACUUCAAUCACAGGGCAGAGGGGGCGAGGAAUUAGCUACUGAGCUCUCAUCCGCACUUCAACAGUGUCUUUUGGGAGGUAAAAGUGGGGCAGGAGCUGGGAUUGAUCUCUCAUCUCUAUCCAUUGUUGAAGGAAAGAUCUGUUGGGAUCUGUAUAUAGAUGGUCUCGUUGUCAGCUCAGAUGGUAAUAUACUCGAUGCCCUUGGAGCAGCCAUCAAGGCAGCCCUAAGCAAUACAGCUAUUCCAAAAGUCCAAGUUGCUGCUAAUGCCCCUUCUGAUGAGCAGCCAGAGGUUGAUGUGAGUGACGAGGAAUUUCUACAAUUUGACACAUCUGGGGUUGGGAGGCAUUACAUUGUAGAUGCAACUACAGAGGAGGAAUCCCAAAUGAGUUCGGCUAUCUCGGUUUCUAUAAAUAGGCAAGGGCGAAUAUGU